CAAUAGAUGGACGCAAUGUGCAGAGAAGAGCACUGGGAACGAUUCGGAAGCGCGUAAUACUUAGCGGAUACAUUUGAAUGGACUCAGAGACUUUGAGAGACACGUUAAGGAAAUCUGGAAAAUACUUCGAGUCACAAACAAAAUAUCAAGUGAUAGUCCGGGAAGAAACUGGAUAAUUUCUAAGGAAAAGAUCAAGAUAUUUUGAAUCAUGCAACACUACGGAGUGAACGGAUACUCUCUUCAUGCCAUGAACUCGCUUAGCGCCAUGUACAAUCUGCAUCAACAGGCAGCGCAACAAGCGCAGCACGCACCUGAUUAUCGGCCGUCAGUGCACGCGCUCACGCUCGCGGAGAGACUGGCUGGCUGUACAUUUCAAGAUAUCAUACUCGAGGCUCGGUAUGGCUCUCAACAUCGCAAACAGCGACGCAGCCGCACAGCUUUUACGGCCCAACAGCUGGAGGCUUUAGAGAAGACUUUUCAAAAAACUCACUAUCCUGAUGUUGUGAUGCGGGAGCGUCUGGCCAUGUGCACUAAUUUACCUGAGGCACGUGUGCAGGUGUGGUUCAAGAACCGGCGUGCAAAGUUUCGUAAGAAGCAGCGAAGCCUUCAAAAAGAACAACUGCAGAAGCAGAAAGAUGCAUCAACAGAUGGGACCCUGGCAACAAGUGAUAAGGAAGAUCCGCCAUCCACCGGAAAUCUUGAGAACCAGCCACCUUCAUCAUCAUCAUCCUCUUCCUCCUCUAUGGAAGCAGAGGCAGCUCCCCAUGCCCUGGGAUCAGAGCUUAGUGUUGAGCUUAAUGUAACAUCGGCAGAGCAGUCAGGCUGUGAGUCAGCCACGGAAGACAAUGCAACAGACAAGGAAGAAGAGGUAAAGCAGCACAGAGAAGAUCUGAAGGUCGAGAAAGAACCAACAACUGGCCACCUCUCCCCUCUCUGCAAGCGUCUCAGCCCCAAACCAGAUUCUCCUCUUGGUUCCCCUGCCAUCACAUCAUCCAGUGGUGUCACCAGUGGGAGCCACUCCUACUCCUCGUCUCCGCUCAGCCUCUUCAGGCUGCAAGAGCAGUUUCGCCAGCACAUGGCCGCCACCAACAACCUGGUUCACUAUCCCUCUUUUGAAAUGGCAACCCCCUCAUCCAUACCAUACCUGGGCAUGAACGUCAACAUGCCACCUCCGCUGGGCUCCCUUCCCUGCCAGUCUUACUAUCAAUCGUUAUCUCACCAUGCGCAACAAGUUUGGAACAGCCCCCUGCUGCAGGCCUCUGGAGGCCUCCCUAGCCACAACAGUAAGACCACCAGCAUUGAGAAUCUACGCCUGCGGGCGAAGCAGCACGCAGCAUCCCUCGGCCUGGACACGCUGCCCAACUAAGACGACGACUGAAAACUACCUGAGCAAUGGGAACAUCUCUGUCACUUCUUACCUAUCCAUCUGGACGGUUCUCUAAAAUGUACAGAAAACUUUUUGAGAGAUGUAAAGAAAUAGUCUGACAAAUGCAAGCCUGAAGUAUUCUCCUGACUACAAUAUGUCCACACAUAUUGAUCUUGUUUCAGGAUAUAAUAUAUAAAAUUUGGCAACAAUAAGUGGUAUUGUAUAAUAGGCAGUAACAUGCUAAUAAUAACCUCCCAAUCUUGCAAAACUCUUGGCACAGCAAUAGAUUAAAAGGUUUAAUGGUUUCGUUUUAAAACAGACAGGACCUGAUUUCAUGUUAUUUAUGUUUUGGAUAAGCACAGAUGUUUGAUAUAGAAGCACUUUUUGGAGAGGAUCUCAAACCGUUGCAUGCAUUGUACACCAGAAUCGGAAGAGAACUUAAUUUAAUUAUUCUGGCUUUCAAAUUAAACAUCACACAAAUUCCCUUGUAAAUGUAAAUCUUGCACAACUACAUAGAUUAAUUAAACCUAACUCGUUUAUUGGUCGGGAUUAAACCAUGGAAAAUUGAGGCUGGUUAGUUAAUGAGGAAAUGAUUCCACUGACUACAUAUGCAAAGCUUUUAAUUACAUGUAGCCUUGGGCAGAGGAAGAAAUGCAAUUAUAGACCAUGUAUAUCAUUUGAGAUUGCUAUAUAAAUGCUCUGAGGGAAAACACACUCAACCUCAAGAAACUAGUGCUUAUGUUGCAACUGAAAACAACGGUGAACAGUCUUUGUUACUAGCAAAAUUAACGGAAAGCAAUGCACUUCCAUUUACGGCAGCUGCUCAAUUUCCUUCUCAGUGCUGUGCUCUCAUUGUGUUGGUAAGCUGUUUUAAUAUGUAAAAUACACAAAGUCUUUAUCUAUAAAUGUUUACUGGUAAGGCAAAUGUAAAAGUUCUAUGUUUUAGAUUGAGAAGAUUCUAACCCUGUGAUUGGUAGCUCUACCGUAUUAGGCGGCCUGUAGCCUGCCUGCAUUUUCCCCAGAUUUAUUAACCUGUACAGUCUAAUUGUCUAUGUAACUCAUUGUCACUGUGAACAUACAUUUACAGUCAUUCACAACAAAGCUGUGAAUUUGUAGCCUAUACUGGAGAGUGUUUCAGAAGUGUACAUGACUUAACCAAUGUCACAUGUAGUUUAAAAACUUGUAAAAUAAAACAGUUAAACAUUGA